AUGGCUGAGAAUCUACUGAGCUCUGCCGCUUCUGCCGUGACCGGCGAGCUCACAAGAGUACUGUUCUCCGGACUCAUGGGGAAGCUCGAUAGGAAGGACGCGGCCGCGGCCGCGGCUGCCGACAAGAAGCUGCGGCGGCUGGACAUGCUGCUCAUCAAGAUCAACAGCGCGGUCGAGGCGUCGGAGAAGCACGCCAUCGAGAACGCCUCGCUGGUCAAGUGGCGCGACAGGCUGAAGGAGGCCGCCGCGGAGGUCGGCGAGGUGCUCACCAGCUUCAGGCAGCGAGAAACCGACGACGCCCAGGCCCAGCAGCACCAGCACCAGCACCAGCACCAGCAAGAUUCAUCUUCUUCUUCCUCCUCGUCUACCGCUUCGGCUACGGCCACAAAGACGCUCCUCUUCUCAAGCGAAGAGGACAUGGAGAGGCUGAACUACGCGGUGGAGAGACUGGAGGACCUCUCCUGCGACAUCAGUAUCUUCAUAAAGCUGCUUAAACUCGAGAUCUUGGCACCGGCACCGGCGCUGACAUUCGCAGAAGAUAUUGGGUUUAAGAGGUUGCGAUCGAGUCCCGCGCAAAGCAAUACCGGGGACUAUCCACCAUCGUUUAAAACAUCCGACUCCAAAAUGUGUGCACUGCCUGAGCCCGCAGGGGCAGGGCAGAUACAGAUGGGUCCGACGGCGGCAGCAGCGGCUCAGGCGGCGGGAGAAGGGAGCACGCUCUUGGGCAGGCUCGAGGAAGCGGUCUCUAAGAUCUGCAGGAUCGUCGAGCUGGCCGACGGCCGCGACCUGAGCGGUUACGAAUGGCUGGCGUAUUGGGCUUACAUCCUCAGGGAGGCCAAGUGUCAAGGCUGCGCCGUCCUUGGCGCCAUCAGCACCGUCGCUGUCGCCGUCGACGAGGUCGAGGUGGCACGGUGUGACGAUCAGGAUGACUUUGAACUUGGCAGGUUCGUGCGUAACAUGGAGAGCUUGGCUAGGGAAGCGGAUUCUUUCAGCGACUUGGCAUGCCUGUGCCCGACUGCCCGUUGUACUAGCUAUCUAGCACGGUUGGCAUGCUGGUGUCCUCGUCAUAAUAUCGUCGUUGCAGAUCGGGUGUCUGGCACUGGCAGAAUUAGGAUCGGGAGUAUGUACCAAUGUUUGUUUGCUGCAGUAUGA